AUGCAUCUAUCACCAGUGAUGAACAUACCUUAUAUCCCUACUAGCACUUCUACGAAGCCUGCCAGCUCGAAGCCACGACAGAGACAGGGGAACCCUACUCCAGUUCCAGCUCCAGCUCCAGCUCAUAGGCUAGUCCCUGGAGAGCGAAGAGUUAAGCCGAGACUCAGCAAACCAAGUCUUGACCCGGUAUUAGAGAGUGAUCAGCGAUUGUCAAGAGAUGUCGAACAGAUGGUGGUCGCUGCGGAAGUCACCAAAGUGACGAGAAAACGUUCCCUACCGAUACUGUCCAGAAGGCGAGACAAUUUAUUUGAGGAAGAUCACAUAUCGAUACAGACGGAUGAGCCGGGAGAUCGAGCACGAAACGAAUCCGUUAUACUGGUCGAGGUCAAGACGAACGUUAUUAUUGACGAUGAAUUCACAUUCAUUACUGAACUCUCAGAGUAUGUCUCGCUACGCUACAACCGCCCAGCGUCAUGUGUUGUAACAACACUCCAACAUGGUGUCUGUAUGCAAUUUGGUGCGAGCAGCGAACCAUCCUAUACAAUGAAGAUCGAGGCUCUUGCCCGGGAUGUACAGUCAGCGAUGAACAAGCGCAACAUCGCUCUCCUACAGACACACAUGAAGCAAGCAUUGGAUAUUCCUUCUUCGAGAGGGUAUGUGAGGUUUGUCCCUGUUACGGAGGAAUGCACUGGGAGGAAGGGAAACACUGUCGCUGGGGAGAUUGCAGUGGCGAUGCAACAGGCACAGCCAGUUACUGAGCGUCGAGGAUCUAUCAGAAGCCCCAGAAGAAGGUCCAGCAAGGCAUUUCAAGCAACGACGGAAACUGCAUCCUCGACACAUCAUGAUGCAUCGACUGGCGGAUCAACUAGUAGCACAGGGGGUAGUAACCAUUCUAUCAGAAACAAAAUAGAAGCCGAGGAAGACAAAUCAAAGACUGUCAAGCGGAGGAAGAGUUUCAUACAUGCUCUAUUUCCCAGAUCUUCAAGUCGACUAACGGACAGGGACACGGAGGUUGAGAAGCAAUGA